UACUUCCUUCGGAGAAACCGAACACAGAGCUAGAGGAUUCGAUUAUACAUUUAGCACGCGAGGGAGAGAAAAAUGAUGAUAUUUUGCUAAAAACAGUUCCAACAAGAAAACAAGACAAACUUGUUAAUAAAACCAGAGAGAACCCGAGCAGUAAAACAGAUAGAGAGGAUCUGGUUAGGGUGGAGCUGGAGGAAACAGGAGAAAUUCUAGAUGUGGAAAAGAAAUUCCUUGAUCAGGCCUGGGACUCAGAAGAUGAAAAUGUGUCUGAUCUUUCAAAUCUGAAGGUUGUAUCCGAGAGUCAGGUUCUGGCGAGCCUAUCCGCCAGGUUCUCUAAGGGUGAAUAUCAGACCAAACUUGGAUCAUCUCUAGUCUCCAUAAACCCCAUGAGGCGAACUGACAGUGGGUGUGGUAGAACGGCACGAAGGAAACAUUCUGGUGGUGGGACGGGUUCUUCUCCGCUAGAAGAUCAGGUUGAACAGCUGUACAGGAGAUCCAUCCUAUCCUGUAAAACUCAGUCCCUGGUAAUGUUGGGUAGAUCAGGUUCAGGGAAAUCCUGUAACUUUAAACAGUCCCUCGGAUACCUCCUGGAGACUACACAGAAACCUGAACAGUCAAGGUUUACAAUUGAGAAGAUGCAUGCUGUAGAUUGUCUCCUGGAGAGCUUUUGUUCGACCAGAACUAGUCUUAACACUCACGCCUCCAGGUUGGUUCUCAUCACUGAGUUGGAGUUUAACCUGGACGGAGGGUUGGAAGGAGGAGGACUAGAGAUUGCUCUACCAGAUACAAGUAGAUUACUUAGAACAGGACGAAUGGCAGGAGAACCUACAUUUCCGAUCCUUUAUCAGAUUCAAGCAGCUCUAGGCAAAUCCAACCUUUUUCUCCCUCCCCGGACACUAAACAAGAACGCAUUUUUUACUCCGCUCCAGGAUGAAAUGGAGAUUUUAACGGCUCUUGAGGAUUGGGGACGGGUUGGAGAAGCAAUGGACCAGUUGAAGUUUAGUAGUGAAGAGCAGGAUUCAUUCUGGAUUAUUCUUGCAGCUAUAACAAACCUGGGAUAUGUGGCAAAGUGUUUAGAAUCAGGAGAAUCAGUAGAUCCGUCCAGUUUAGAGAAAAUCUCCAACCUACUUGGUGUUAAACCAGAAGAUUUAAGAUUAGUAUUCUCCAGAGCAAAUACGCCCCGAACAAUCAGUCCUGCAUCUUCUAUGACCCUGAGCUCAUCUUCUUCAAGAAAUCCGUCCCCGUCUCCAUCAUCUUCGUCUUUAGGAUUAAGAGCUGCUUGUUCUGUUCUACCCGACUGUAGUACCCUAGCUGUGGAUAAUGUAAGACGCCUGGCUGUAAACCUUUACUCCGACCUUCUCUCCCGCCUUGUCACGUAUAUAAAUAGAAGUUUGAAGCCUAGCUCAAGACAACCCUGUAAUAUAUUUCUCUUUGAUUCUCCGGGCUUUCAGAACCCGUCAACAUCAGGAGAUAAACCAAGUGCUGGGUUUGUUGAUCUCUGUUAUAACUACCUCCAGGAGAAGGUUCAGAAUAUGUUUAACACGGAGAAGAUUGAAACUAUUACAAAGACAAAGGGAGCAGGAAAGAUGCUCUUCAGUAACAGAGGCAAUCCUGAGCAAAUAUUAAACCUGCUAGAGAGACAAGAACAGGAAAUUCGAAGUAAAAGUACCAGUACACUUGGGAGAAGAGGGAGCAAACGGGUUCGGUUUCAGAACUCAGCUCCGGGUUUGUUUACACUCUUACACAGAGCUGGAAACUGUCCCUGGUCUGACGAUGAGGUUUUUCUCCACAGGCUCUCGGGACACUGGGGACAUCUUUGUAAAGGAAACCUGUUGGAGAGGGUUGGGGAAGAUCAAUUUAUUCUUCGACACUCCCUUGGUACUAAUCCAGUCAAAUAUUCUGUUCGGGGUUGGAGACAUGUAUCAUACUCCAUGGGACGUACAAACCUAGCUCUGGAGCUGCUGAGAAAAUCAACUCGUAAGGAAUUGUGUGUGGAUAAUCCAGCUCUUCUCUAUCCUGGAGCAGGGUUUGGUCAGACUCCUCUUAGCUUUUCUGAAGUUAGAGCAAGAAUGUCUUGUCUCCAGAUCCAGGUUCAAGUUGAUGCAAUGAUCCAACUCCUUGCUAAAACUGAAAUCAGUUUUGUAUUCUGUUUUCUUCCACACAACCUGGCUGGGUUAUGUGAACUAUUUAAAAGAAGUCCGGGCAGACACUCAAAUCAAAAGCUUUUACGGGACCAGAUUCGAGGUUUCCAGAUCCUUGAUUAUCUAAAUGCUCUCCAGUCUCAAGGACACAGUCCUCCUGCCUUUACACUCCUACCGGAGCAGGUUGAGAGUUGUAUCUACAGGGUUGAGGAGAUGAACACUAGACCAGGGUUGGCUGGGGAACUCUGGCAGUGUAUUCAGCUUGCUGUCUUCAAUGCUGUAACUAACUUGGAUUCUAUUGAAAGAGCAAUAUCAUCUAUCACAAGAACUGUUAGUCUUCCAUCCCAUCCUCUUACACAGGUUGUGGAUGAGACAGGACUACUCCUGCUUCAGAACGGAAAACUUAAUCUAAAUCUCCAGAGUCUACUAGAUUAUACUUAGUCAAAACUAGAUAGAACAAUGUUUACAAGAAAUAGUGUUUUUUGUUUCGAACGGUGCUAAAAUGCAAUCAAAAUAUACUAGAUGGAAAAAGAUUGGUCAGAUUUUGAGAGAAAAUUCAAUAAAAAAGUAUAUAUUCUCAUUACAUCUAGAAUACUAAUUUUUGUUAACUGUUAUAAUAAAUAUAUAUAUAUUACGAAA